CGGCGCUCCGCUGCCAUAUUGUUGUUUUAUUUUCGGGGCAGCAGCGGACGGAGUUUCCAGCUGCGGUCGCCGUCUGCGGACUCAGCGUAUCUGAGGGGGAAAAGGGCACUGCUUUGCUGACAUUACCUGGAAUACAACUGAGCUUCAAGUCACUGUCAAAGUUAUCGGACUACGAGAGGAGCCGUCGGGAGAGGUGAAGAUGGUGGACCGGCUUGCGAACAGCGAGGCCAACUCCAAGCGGAUCGGCGUGGUGGAGGGCUGCUUCGGCGCGGCGGGCCAGCCGCUCGCCAUCCCCGGCCGCGUGCUGAUUGGCGAGGGCGUCCUCACCAAACUCUGCCGCAAGAAGCCCAAGGCGCGGCAGUUCUUCCUCUUCAACGACAUCCUGGUCUACGGCAACAUCGUCAUCCAGAAGAAGAAGUACAACAAGCAGCACAUCAUCCCGCUGGAGAGCGUCACCAUCGACACGGUGCCGGACGAGGGCGACCUGCACAACGGCUGGCUCAUCAAGACGCCCACCAAGUCCUUCGCCGUGUACGCCGCCACCGCCACCGAGAAGUCCGAGUGGAUGAACCACAUCGGGAAGUGCGUGGGCGACCUGCUGCAGAAGAGCGGCAAGGCCCCGACGGGCGAGCACGCCGCCGUGUGGGUGCCCGACUCGGAGGCGACGGUGUGCAUGCGCUGCCAGAAGGUGAAGUUCACGCCAGUCAGCCGCCGCCACCACUGCAGGAAGUGCGGCUACGUGGUGUGCGGGCCGUGCUCGGAGAAGAAGCACCUGCUGCCCAGCCAGUCGUCCAAACCGGUCCGCGUCUGCGAGUACUGCUACGUGCAGCUGACGUCGGGCGGCCUGGCACAGCGCUCGGACUCCAUCAGCCGGCUCGGGUCAAAGUUCAACAACCUGUCGGACGACGACGACGACGACGACAGCAGCGACUGAGGAACAAACCACCCCCACCCCCCCAACCCCCCAACCCCACCACGGCGAAGAGGAAAUACUUCCUUUCUUUUGUUUUCUUUCUCCUCCCAGAUCAUCGGAUCAUGCUCCGUCUCCGAGGAUUAAUAUUUUAAUUCACUUCAAACCAAAAUAUUUUUUAGUUUUUUUCCCCUCUAAUUCCAGCAUGGAUACGUAUUUUCCUGAGAACCGCGAUUCAGACAAUGAAAUGUGGAAUUACCCAGGCGACCGGCAGAGCUCUGGGAGACAGACUGACUCUUCAUCGCUCCCACUCCGCUCCGUCCCGCCCGUCUCUCUUUGGACUCUUGAUUGAUUAGGCUGCGAUCGGUCACUACAGAACACAAUGGUGCUAAUGAGAAACACCCUCCCCCCUUCUCUCUCUCCUCUUAAGUUAAUUUCGUCUAAGAGGCUUCUUUUUUCACUCUAUUUUUCUCAGUUUUUAUUUCGUUGAACUAAACAAGGUGAUUGCUUGUCAUUUCUGCAGGGAAAGCUAAUGUUUUGGGCUCUAACCUUUAUCUCCUCUGUCCUUCAGGUAUGACACCAAACAGGAGUUUUUUUGUACUACAUAGUUUGGUAUUUUUCUUCCCUAUUUUGUAAAUUUGUCUCAUGCAAAAAUGUCAAGAUCCCCUUUUUGAUUAUAAAUAACAUGUAGAUAUUACUCUAAACCCAGAGCUAAUAUAGUUGCUUCUGACAAAUCAGCUGAAGUUUCUCACAGUGAG